CGUGUCGCAGUUAGAUUUUUCCGCCUCGUCGUCUCGGCUGCGCGGCCAUAUUCUCCCACACGGCUUCACCCUCAAACAUGGCUGAUUACACGAGUGUGGCACCGCCGUCCUCCAACGCCGGCGGAGGAAUGAACGACGCUUUUAAAGAUGCACUACAGCGGGCGAGACAGAUAGCAGCUAAAAUCGGGGGUGAUGGAGUUAAUCCACCUCCUCCUACCAACGAAUUCGCAUAUGGAGGGCAGAAAAGGCCUUUGGAAGACGGGGAUCAGCCAGAAACAAAGAAAGUCGCAAGUGACCCUUUUGCUGCAAUGGGUGGAAUGGCUGGACUUCCAAGGCCUACAUCCGAAGAGUUCAAGGUUCCAGACGGCAUGGUUGGCUUUAUUAUCGGAAGAGGAGGAGAGCAGAUUUCAAGGAUACAGCAAGAAUCAGGAUGCAAGAUACAGAUUGCUCCAGACAGUGGCGGCAUGCCUGAUCGCUCCGUGACGUUAACAGGCUCUCCAGAUUCCAUCAUGACCGCAAAGAGGUUACUGACAGAGAUCGUGGAGAAGGGCAGACCGACUCCGUUUCACAACGACGGUCCCGGCAUGUCUGUCCAGGAAAUUAUGAUCCCGGCGUCCAAAGCUGGCCUCGUCAUCGGAAAGGGAGGCGAGACGAUUAAACAGUUACAGGAGCGAGCCGGGGUCAAGAUGGUGAUGAUUCAGGAUGGGCCUCAGAACACCGGGGCGGACAAACCGCUCAGGAUUUCUGGAGAUCCUUUUAAAGUUCAGCAAGCCAAAGACAUGGUGAUGGACCUGAUCAGAGACCAGGGUUUCCGAGAGCAGAGGGGAGAAUACGGAUCACGCAUGGGUGGAGGAGAAGGUUUGGAUGUUCCAGUGCCGCGCUUUGCAGUGGGGAUUGUGAUCGGCAGGAACGGUGAAAUGAUCAAGAAGAUUCAGAAUGACACUGGUGUUAAAAUCCAGUUCAAACCAGAUGACGGCACCACACCAGACAGGAUCGCUCAGAUCAUGGGUCCUCCUGACCGCGCGCAACAUGCAGCCAGCAUCAUUACAGACCUGUUGCAUAGUGUGCAAGCCGGUGGUCCACCAGGCCCUGGAGGAAGGGGCAGAGGUCGUGGCCAUGGUAACUGGAACAUGGGGCCACCAGGGGGCCUACAGGAGUUCUCCUUCACUGUUCCCACCGUUAAGACCGGCCUCAUUAUUGGCAAAGGAGGGGAGACGAUUAAAAGCAUAAGCCAGCAGUCUGGUGCCAGAAUAGAGUUGCAGAGAAAUCCUCCUCCCAACGCUGACCCCAACAUAAAGAUGUUCACUGUGCGUGGGACACCGCAGCAGAUCGAUUACGCCAGACAGCUUGUUGAGGAGAAGAUCGGGGGUCCUGUAAGUCCUAUGGGUGGACCGCACGGACCACCAGGACCACACGGAGGCCCUGCACCGCACGGUCCCCCAGGCCCACCCGGACCUCCUGCACCUAUGGGGCCUUACAAUCCAGGGCCCUACAACCAGGGACCUCCUGGACCACAUGGUCCUCCAGGGCCGUACCAACCUCAGGGAUGGGGUAACGGUUACCCUCACUGGCAGCAAGGCCAGCCCGAUCCCAAUAAAGCAGCGGCGGAUGCCAACGCAGCAGCGUGGGCUGCCUAUUACGCACAAUACCAGCAGCAGCCUCAGGCUCCCAUGACGCCCACCAGCGCCGCCGCUCCGGGCACCACUCCAGCUAACGGUCAAGGUGACCCGCAGGCUCCAGGUCAGAGCGGACAGGCAGAUUACACCAAGGCCUGGGAAGAAUAUUACAAGAAAAUGGGUCAACAAGGCCAGCAGCCGCAGGAUUACACCAAAGCGUGGGAGGAGUAUUAUAAGAAACAAGGUCAGGCAGCCCCUCAGGCAGCUGGGGCGAGCUCCUCUCAGCCUGGAGGCCAGCCGGACUACAGCGCCGCGUGGGCUGAAUAUUACCGCCAGCAAGCGGCCUACUACGGCCAAGGCGCCUCUCAGCCCAUGGGAGCAGCACCACCGGCUCAGCAGCUUCAUCAGGCGUCCCUGCAGCCCAGCAUCAGCGAGACCUAACCAAAGCUGUUUCUUUUUCCCCUCCACAGGCGUCUUUAUCUCUGUAAUUAGGUUAUGGGUUGGGGGCGGGGUAGUGAGUCAAUGUUUCUGCUCUUAACAUGUUGUGUAUUUCUUAUGUAUUUCUUCUGCACAGGGCCAGUAAUGUGAAGCGGACAUAAAGUAAAUGCUACCUUGUCGAAAAAAUCCUUUGUUAAAUGUUUGGAUGCAGACGCCUUGAUGAAGAUCGUAAUUUCCUUGGUUUGCGUUUAAACUAGAUUGCAAAACGGCUCCGGAUUGAGAAUUCUCCUCUUUUCUUUUUUUUUUUGUUUUGUUUUUUGGCUUAUUUGUUUUUUUGUAAUAUUUUUGCCUCUCUUGUAUAAAAUUGAAAUGUUUUUAGUGCGGUAAUAUUGGUCAUUCCAGCUCCUGUAUUUCAUGAUGUACUUCAGAACUCAUGUCUAUAUACAAUUUCCCUAGUGCUCUCUCUCUCUCUCUCUCUCUCUGUCUCUCUCUGUUUUUUUUUUUUUUUUCCAUGUAAAUGCUCUCAGUUUUAAAAAUGCCUGUUGUGUUUUGCAAUAAAACAUAAUGAAACCUCCUGUGUUGGUAAGUGGCAAAAAAAAAGUGGGGAAGAUUAACCUGGCUUUGUGUGUAUAUAUUGUUUGUGUUUUUUUGGGAGGGGGUGGGUGGGAGGGUGUAACGGGACACGAUCCACAGACAGUCACGUCUCUCUCUUGUCUGAAAAUGACGUUCUUUUGUUUCUCUCCAACUGUCCACACAGUGUUUUGUUUUGUUUUAGCUCUGGCAUGAUGAAAGUCAUCUAGUCUGGUUUUGCUGGCUUUAGGAGUAGACAGGUGUAUCUGAGGGGAAGCUGGGGUGAGCUGUGCGAUCUAUGACCUUGUUGCUCAAAUAAUGUGAGAAACUUUCCCCCUCACAGGUCAGUUUAGGACAGCGGUAAGCGAAUAUCUCAUACAGAAAUGUGAUGAUUGCAAGCUGCUUCUUAUUUUUUCGUUAUUUUUAUUUUUUUCUCCCCCUCCCAGGUCAGGUGAGGUUUCUUUGUAUUAUUACAUGUUGUACAUGACAAAGAAAUGCCCCUUUUUCACCCCCGGUACUUAAGUGCAUAUAUUUUUCUGGUUUUAGAUUUAAAAAGAAAAAACAAGGAUGUGGUCGUUAUAUAUAUAUAUAUAUAUAUAUAUAUACACAUAUAUAUAAUUUUUGCCCCAACCUGUUUGGCGUAGACUUGUAGGUGUGUGUUUUUAGGGCUGAGGAGGCUGUGCUGUUGCCACACCAGUGAAAAUGAGCCCUCCGUAAGUACAAAUAAAUAACGACAGCCCCAGUUUCUGCUCUGUCAAUGCAUUGUCUUUGACCAAGUUGUAGUGCAUAAAGUUUGAACUGUCUACCCUGAAUUAUUUGUGAAAUUUAACUGGGGUAAGUAUGUCUGGGCUUCAGUUUGGAUUUAUUUUCUUACUGUCUCUAUUGAGCCUGUGACUUUGACCCUUUAGACUGUUAAGGUUCUUGUCUAGCAAUAUUCCAACUGUAUUAAUCUUGCAAUGAUACCACCGCUGUUCAGGUUUUUGUUCUUGCUGUGUUUGACGAUUGUGUAGUCAGCGUAGCCCAAAACGAUGCAAGUGGAAAUCAGGGCUGAACAAAUCGGUAAUCUGAAACAGUCUAGCCCAACAGGGAGGAGAAAACUCAGCAAGCCUUAUUUUAGUAGGCUUUAAAAAAGAUGGCUGAUCUUAUCGCUAGUUCUGUUAAAUAAUGAAAACAAGCGUCUUUUUGUAUUCACAGACUGGAAAAAAUAAUGUUAAUUUAGUAAGAUUUGUGAGGCUGUAAUAAAUAAAUUCUGGCCACACCCCCCAAAUUUGCAAGUCAUGGAAACUCCCGGGCUACUGAUUUGUCCAUCCCUGAAAAAAUAAACAUAAACAAUUAGGAAAUGUUCAUCUAGUUUCUUUUUUGUUUUUAUCGUUGUGCAAGCUGUUUUUAUUAAUCUGCCAUUGCAUUGCAUCUGUUUGACCAGGUUCAUAAACCUUCAGACAUUCAGUUGUUGGCAUUUGCAAAAAAAAAAAAAAAAAAAACCACAAAAUGUCUUGUUGGCAGAUUUGUCACCAUUUUUCCAGGCUGUCCUAGUUCUUUGCCUGUGACUCCGUUUCUUUGAUUUAUUUAUUUAUUUUUUGCGAUUUAUCUCAAACUAUAUAUCACAUAACUCCAAUGUUGAUUGAUUGAUUGAUUGGCGGCUCGAUGCGCAGUGUCGUCCCCCCCCCCCCUACACCUUAGGUUCUGCUGCGGUAACACAGGUAAGCUUAACCUAAGACACAAACCAUGUUUGACCUGUGACUCAAAUCUUGAUGCGAAUUUUUCUGCAUUUUGUUCGUUGGAAAAAAGAAAGAAAAAAGAAAAGGCCCAAUGUUGUAUUAAUUGCUUGGCAAAAAAAUGUGAUUUUUCUAUUGAACUAUAUAUAUAAAUUUUUCUUGCCAAAAUAUAAUCUGCAGAAUAUUUAGGAUUUCUGUACAUUUUGAAAUGUUUCUAAUUACUGCAUAUCCUGUUAGUGUGCUAGAAAUAUUUUCGAGCAAUCCAUGGCACUGUAUUUACCAAUGCUGCAUGCAGUUGGAUUUAAAAAAAAAAAACGAACAAAGGUCUGUUAUGGCAAUUCUGAUUUCUGCCCUGUUACUCGUGUAUGUAUUGCUGACAUGGUUUUUGAACCCUGUGCUGUUGUGGCGCUUAAUCCAAAAUGCUGCCUUCAUUCUCGCUCACAGUGUUGAAGACGCUGCAGGCGUAGUGCGUAGAAUCAGGUCCUCAGCUAGGGUUGUCCCUAAGGAGGAGUCCUUUGACUGUGUCCCUCUGCUGAACAUAGACCGUUCAAGGGCUCCAGUUAUAAGGUAAAAAAAAAUGAAUACCAUGAGGAAAAAUCUGUGAUGAAUCUGUGACGUUUUAGGGCUUGAAAUGUUGAACUGUACUAUCAUGAUCAUUUCGUUGCACACUUAUUUGCUGAUUUUUUUUUUUUUUUUUAUUUAUUACUUUUUUUUUUGUGGCCAGGGAAUUGCAUCAAAUGCCAGAUUAGAUAGAUCAUAAAUCAGGACACUUGUUUUUGUUUCAUUUUAAAUGACUAUUUCUUUUUGCAUAGCUUGCUCUAGGCAGUUCAUUGGAGAGUAUUAUGUUGUUGUUGUUGUUGUUGUCCGUUGCUGCAUAUGUUGUGGUAUGCAUGCAGUAUGCCAUGUCCUUCUGAGCAACAGAAUUUCGGUUGCGGGUGUAGAAAAGAAGACAUAAUCGGAGAAAAUGGGGAUCGUGGCCGGGAGGUAAACACAAAACGGUUUCAUGUCCUUUGUAUCUGUUGAAACUAUGGACUGUAUAUCCUUUUUUACGUUUAGGGCUUUGUUGGUUUUUUUUGUUUAUUUGCAGAGAAAUACUGGUUUUGACUGUUUAGCCUUGUUGACCCUGUCGUUCAAUAAAAUUGUAAUGAUUUUGGAAAGCUG